AUGUUCGGCUCUUGAUGGAUCUUGUGAAUGCUAUCGAUAAUCUCGUCACGGGAAACGCUACUUUAGAGGAAUUUUGGAAAGUGAGGCCGGCCCGUCGUGCGAUCUUUUUUGUUUACUCUGAGAACUUCGCCUAUUUUGAGCUUUUCCCUCAACUCUCCUACAAACCUUUUUCUUUCAACCGAUCAACGCUUGAGUCAGAUCGCUGUACCACGGCCACUUUCGUUACAACGCUGGGGAAUCCCACUCGCAAUCUCGAAGAAUCUACGUCUCUCGGUCCGCACAUCCUAGCCCAUAUAGCUAGACCGUGAAGAACAACUCAGAGCGGCGUCCUCAUCAAGAUGGAGCCUUUUGAUCGUUUCAUCUCCGUCAUCCUCCUCUUCCUUACUCUGGUUUCCCCCGCCUCUGGUCUCCCUCUUCCCCUUCACCACGAUGCCCAUCACUUGGUUUCUCGUGGCCUUGUCAGUCCUACCAAUGCUGAGUUGAUCCAUAACACGAUCGCCUUUGGUAUCCCGGCUUUGAUUGCCUUCGCAUUGAGGAUCAUCAACCGCGGUCUCGUUCUCAAGAAGCUCCACGCCGAAGACUAUCUGAUGAUCGGCACUAUGUUCUUUUAUAUCGCUCUGAUGGUCUUGAUCAACGUCUCUGCUAACUUUGGCACCAACCUGUAUCCUCCCGAGCAACAAGACUCCAUCCUGGCUGACCCUAGUGACGUCAAGAACCGCAUCCUUGGCUCCAAGAUUGUCAUUGCCCUCGAACAAUGCAUGAUCGCUUCCACUUGGGGUGUAAAGCUCUGCAUUUGGACCUUCGAGAUGCGCCUGUUCCGACAGCUUCCACAGUAUGAGCGCGCUAUGUGGUUCCUCUUCGUCUACAUCUGGGUUGGCUUCGCAUUCAUCGAGAUCUUCUACUAUGGUGUAUUCUGCCGACCUUUCGAUCAAUAUUGGGCUAUGCCGGUCAAGAACUUGCAGUGCGCCACGUAUCAUAACUACAGUAUCUUGCAAAUGGUUUUCAAUAUCUCUUCGGACUUCGGACUCAUCAUCGCGCCACUCCCAAUGGUUCUCAAGUCUCAGCUCCCAAGACGCCGCAAGAUUGUCCUCUUCUUUAUUUUCUCUAUGGCUCUGUUCACUAUCCUAGCUGCGAUCCUCAACAAGGUCUACAACUUCGAAUCUCCAAUGACCACCGUCUACCAGCUCUGGUACAUCCGCGAAGCCUCCGUCGCCGUCUGCGUUGGUAACCUAAUCUGCACCUGGCAACUCUUCCAGCGCAUCUUCCGCCUCCGCACCUUCAACACCAAGUCCGCCGAGAUCCACGACGACCCCGCCAUGCCCCGCUUCGUCCCGCACAUCCGAUACAGCAACCCUGUGCGCGUGGCCUGGACUUACUUGACAACUGGUGGCACGGAUACCCGAUACCAGACUGCUACCGGUGGUGAUUCGUCUCUGACUACGGCCGAGAUUCCCGUUGGUGAUGAGAAGGGAAACUUGGGCGAAAAGGAGAGGAAGAAGAAGGAGAAGGUUCAUGAGCGUCAUGUUACUAGUACUAGUUACAUGAUGACCUUGAACCGUGAUGGCGAAGGUGAUGCGCGUCCCGCUCUCGCCUUCCGUGACGAGCAUAAGAUCGAGUAAAUUUGCCUGUUGUCUGUUGUGCCCUUAGGGGUUUAGAUGAUAGAUGAGAAGUUUCGGUGAGAAGUUUAGAUGAGAAGAAAUGAAAAUGUU